UGCCUGGGAGCCUGAAAGCCCCAUCCGGGCAGAUGAUCAGAUUUCUGAAACUACUUCCACAACCCCCCAGACACGAAUGAUGACUCCGAAGGCAGUUGCCUUGGUUCUCAGCCUCUUGGCCAUCACAGGGGCCCAGGCCAAUAUCAACGCUGACCAGGUGGCGGACGUGGUCUGGAACUACUUCACCCAACUGGGCAGCAAUGCCCAGGAGACAGUGGACCAGCUCCAGCAGUCAGAGAUCACCAAGCAGCUGAACGCCCUCCUCCGGGAUAACCUCCAGGCCGUCCACACCUACGCUGACGAACUGAAGGAGCAGCUGAUUCCCUUCGCCACCAACGUGCACGCCCGGCUGGCAGCCGACUCCGAGAAACUGAAGGAGCAAAUCCGCCAGGAGGUGCAGCAGCUCCGCGCCCGGAUCGUCCCACAUGCCGACGAGGUCCACCAGCAGAUCAACAAGAACAUCCAGGAGCUGCAGGCCAGGCUGGCCCCUUAUGCCGAGGAGCUGCACGCCCAGGUGAACAGAAACGCUGCAGAGCUGCGCAAGCAGCUGGAGCCCCUGGCCCAAGAGCUGCAGGCCAAGGUGCAGGAGAACAUUGGCAGCCUCCGGGCCUCCCUGUCCCCCUACGCCGACGAGCUGCAGCAGCAGGUCAACCAGAAGGUGGAGGACAUCAAAGGGCAGCUGACUCCCUAUGCUGAUGACCUGAAGGCCAAGGUGGACCAGACCAUGGCCGAUCUGCAGAGUAGCCUGUCUCCCUACACCCAGGAUGUCCAAGCCCAGCUGGACCGCCAGCUGGAGGUGCUGUCCUUCCAGAUGAAGAAGAGCGCCGAGGAACUGCGGGCCAGGCUCCUGGAGGGGACCGAGGAGCUGCGGCUGAAGCUGAGCCCUCUUGCCCAGGAACUGAGGGAGAAGCUGCAGGAGGACACGGCUGGCCUGCGUGAGUCUCUGACUCCCUUCGUGGAAGGCCUGAGUGGGAAGAUCGACCAGCAGAUCGAAGAGUUCCGCCAGACCGUGGGGCCCUACGGGGAGAACUUCAACAAGCUCCUGGUGCAGAAGGUGGAGGAGAUGAGGCAGAAGUUGGAGCCCUAUGCUGGCGAGGUAGAAGAUCACAUGAGCUUCCUGGAGAAGGACGUGAGGGACAGGUUCACUUCCUUCUUCAACACCGUCAAGGAGAGUGGAAACUAAAGGGGCCCCUUUCCUCUUUAUGUAGCCCAUAAUGGUAAAAGGCGCCUUUUAUUUCUGACACCACAGCUCCAGCAUGCCUUGUGCUUGAAACCUUGCACAAUGUCCUCCUGACCUUCCCAGGAUACGAAUGAGAAACAAGUCCCAAAAUAAGUCUCCCAGCAGGAUCCCAGAUGCCACAGCCUCGAAUAAAUGGGGAUGGGAGCCCCAGGGCCAUGCAGGAGGAGGCCUGCCUGUUGGGACAAUGCUGGGCACCUUUCUCUUACUGUCUGUCCAUUGCUGCUGGCAGUGCCCAUGCACUGCAGUGUGCACAAGCGCCCAUGCGCGCACACACACGCACAC